AUGGCUGCUCAAGUACAGGAAAUCCCAACCAAGCCCUUCGAUGGACAAAAACCGGGUACAUCUGGACUCAGGAAACGCGUCAAGGUCUUCCAGCAAGAGCACUACACCGAAAACUUCAUCCAAGCUAUUUUUGACUCCAUUGCCGUCCAAGGAUCUACUCUCGUCAUUGGCGGAGAUGGCCGCUAUUUCUCACCGGAGACUGUGCAAACCAUCCUGAAAAUUGGAUCCGCAAACGGUGUCAGCAAAUUUAUUGUCGGCAAGGAUGCCAUUCUGUCUACCCCUGCUGCCUCAAACAUAAUCAGGAAGUACAAGGCUACUGGUGGUAUUUUGCUCACCGCCAGUCACAAUCCAGGAGGCCCCAACGCAGAUUUUGGCAUCAAAUACAACGUGUCAAACGGUGGUCCUGCUCCCGAGAAUGUCACUAAUCAAAUCUACGAAAAGACAAAGACCAUCAAGAGCUACAAAAUUCUUGAGGCUCCUCCCGUCGAUCUCUCUAAAAUCGGAGAAUUCACUUAUGGACCUACCAAGGUGUCAAUCAUUGACUCUGUUGCCGAUUACAUCACUCUGCUUGAGUCCAUCUUCGAUUUCCCUUUGAUCAAGAAGUUCCUUGAUGAACACAGAUCCGACUUUCGCGUUCUUUUCGACGGCUUGCACGGUGUCACCGGACCAUACGCCCGCGCACUGCUUGUUGAAAACUUUGGAUUGCCGGAAUCGUCUAUUCAAAACUGCGUACCAUCCCCUGAUUUCGGAGGAGGUCACCCCGACCCCAAUUUGACCUACGCCCACAGUCUAGUAGAAGUUGUUGAAAAGGAAAACAUAGCUUUUGGAGCAGCUAGCGAUGGCGACGGCGACAGGAACAUGAUCUAUGGAAAGGGUGCCUUCGUGACACCCUCCGAUUCAGUUGCUAUUAUCGCUCACUGGGCAGAUACAAUUCCUUACUUUAAGAAAGGUGGAGUGAAAGGAUUGGCCCGGAGCAUGCCUACUAGUAAAGCCAUUGACUUGGUCGCUAAGAAGAAGGGAUUAGAGAUUUUCGAAGUGCCAACUGGGUGGAAAUUCUUUGGUAACCUCAUGGAUGCUGGACGCCUCUCUAUCUGUGGUGAGGAAUCGUUUGGUACCGGUUCUGAUCAUAUCCGCGAGAAGGAUGGAAUAUGGGCAGUUGUUGCCUGGUUAAACAUUCUUGCAGCAGCAAACCGGGACUCUCCCAACAAGCUGAUCGGAAUCAAUGAUUUGUUAAACGAAUUUUACUCCAUUUAUGGACGUUCGUUUUUCAGCCGCUAUGACUAUGAGGAGGUACCUUCAGAAGGCGCGAACGCUCUCGUUGCGCAUUUGAACGAUGCACUGAAAUCCGGGUCCCUCAACAACACCGUACAUACCUCUGCGUCAACCUCCACCAAGUACACUGUUUCCGGACUGUAUGACUUUGAAUACAAGGACCCUAUCGAUCACUCCGUCUCGAAGAACCAGGGCCAGGUUAUCACUUUCUCCGAUGGCUCCCGCGUUGUCUUCAGGUUGAGUGGAACUGGAAGCCAGGGGGCCACUGUACGUAUGUAUGUGGAACGCUAUCUUGGCCCCGAGGCCGGAGCCGCUGCCCUCAGUGAACCCGCCGCAGAUGGCCUUAAAAGCUUGAUCGAAGUCGCCUUGGAAAUCAGCAAGCUUAAGGAGUUCUUGGGGCGCGAUGAGCCCACCGUCAUCACCGUGAGUCUUCUGUUCGAUACUGGGCUUCGCAUUGGCUGA